GGACAGCUCGGCCAUGGGACCCUGGAGGCAGAGCAGGAGCCAAGGCUGCUGGAGGCGCUGCAGGGCCUGCCCAUGGCCGAGGUGGCGGCCGGUGGUUGGCAUUCCGUGUGUGUGAGUGAGACAGGGGACAUUUAUAUCUGGGGCUGGAAUGAAUCAGGGCAGCUGGCCCUGCCCACGAGGAGCCUGGCUGAGGAAGAGAAGACAGUCGCAGGAGCCUCUGGGCUGCCCCAGGACGGUUCUGAAGUGACAGGAGCCGCCAGGCCUGAGGACACAACUCCAGCUCCCUUCAUCUCUGUCCAGCCCUUCCCAGCCUUGCUAGACCUUCCCCUGGACUCAGAUGUGGUCAAGGCCAGCUGUGGCUCCCGACACACUGCGGUAGUGACACGCACGGGGGAGCUCUACACCUGGGGCUGGGGUAAAUACGGACAGCUUGGCCACAAGGGCACGAGCAGCCUGGAUCGCCCCUGCCGUGUGGAAUACUUUGUAGACAAGCAACUCCAAGUACAGGCUGUGACCUGCGGCCCCUGGAACACCUAUGUGUAUGCUGUGGAGAAAGGGAAGAGAUGAUCAAGCCUCUGCGUGCAUCCCAGUGGCUAAACAAGAAAGCCUAACCCGAACUUAAGUUGGAGUGAACUGCAUGCGUGCGCGUGUGGUUUAGUUAUGAAAUAUAUAGACAAGUGCAUAAAAUAAAUAUAUAUGAAAUCA